CCUGCUGUGGUCCAUGAUCACAGACACAGAAAACCAGUGAACAACACUGUAAACCAGUCUUACUUGAUAACACAGGAAUGAAAACAAAAUUUUAGCCCCAGGAAGCUGCCAGAGUUUGCUGCUUUGUUAGUGUCCAACUGAAACAGCUUCUUUUAAGUCAAAAGUUGGAACCAAAUGGCUUGCAAUUUUUAACAUGAAGAAUGGGAACAACAAGCAGGAAAAGACAUCAAUGCAAGAUACUUUUCAAAACAGCAAGCAGUCAACUGAGGAUGACACUAAAGGGAAAGGAGUAGAUUCUCAGACUGGUGAUAUUUCAAAUAGCUGUAGAAAAGUAUUAACAUCAAGCAGGGCUACCAAUGCUGUUGCCUUCCACAUUCCCACAGGGCAACCAGUUUGUAGGCCACCACCAAAGCAUUUUUGUGACCAAACUACAGAAAGAGAAAACAUAAGCCUUGAGAGGCUCACAGAGAAACAAAUAAUGGCUGAAAGACGGAAGAAACAACAAGUGGAACAGAGACUGAAAAGAAUCCAUGAUCGACAAGAAGCUGCUCGAAAGCUUGCACACAAUGUUGAACUCCUCCUACAACAAAAGUCUCUCAUAAGUGCUGAGAGAGGCACCAGUCAUGAGACACCCAAAAUGACGUCUUCUGAACUUCUUGCUACAGCUCGUCAUGUUGCAAAAGAUUUUAGAACUUUGACAUGUCAAACGACAAAAGAUCUUGCUGUAGAUGACAAAAACAACAACUUGUCAAAAGAACACCCACCUAAAGUCAAACCCAAAAAUCAGAAGGAAAAACAUACAAGCUUGAAAAAAUCAUCUUUUCAUGACAACAGGAGCAUUGCAUUUACUGUUGGAUUUGAUGAAGAAAAGCAGCCUCUAUCUCCAGUGCCCAAAGCUUUACAGAAGACAUGCGCGAAGGACAGAAGUAAACUCACUGCUCAAGAACUAGACGAAAAACAGAGAAAGGCUAUGGAAAGACGAAAAAAAAGACAAGAGGAAAGAGUUAAGAGGGUUGUGGCAAACCGUGAAGCACUGUUCAAGUUGGCCUCUGACCUGGAGACAUUCAUGAUAUGGAAUGAUGCUGAAAGAAAUGAAUUGAGAAUGCGUAAUGAAGGAGAACAAACACAUGAGGCUGCUCAAUUAGCAAGUGAAAUUGCUGAUAGCUUUGAUAGAUUGAGUCAAAGGUAUUCAAGAGAUCUGAAGCAGGCUGAGGGUUUUCCAAGUGGUUUGUGGGGAAUUAAGCAAUACUAAUUAAUUAGUUUCUAAGUGGAGUGAAAAGGUUUCUAUACAUUGAUUUGCGCUGUGGGCUCAUCAGAUUUUUGGAAUUGUGUGAAUGAUUUCAGACCAAAUUGCACUCCGAUCAGUUCAAUUACAAUUAAAUAUUCUGCUAAACAACUAAGAUCAGUAAGAUUUUAGGAUUAAGUUUUGACAGUGGUCAAAUUAACUGACCUUGUAACAUUAUAAAACAGAAAAGAAAAGUGUGUAGUGAGUGUGCAGUUAAAAUGUUAUGAAUUCACACAUUUUCCCAAAAUUUUUCAUGCAUGCAAAAAAUUUUUACUGUACAACUCUAAAAAAGUGACCCCUUGAACCAUUUAAGGAAUGUUUAUUAUAUCAUGUUGGAGAUCAGGUAACACACAUUACCCCAGAGAAAUUACUAUUAAUAAUGACCACUGACAGUUCAGUGUUCACACAACUGAUUGGCUGAUUCAACCGCAUAACUAAUUUCAAAAAUAUUUUUCAAAGAGUGUUCACAGUUUUCUGAGCUUCAUAAUAAAUAAACUCUACAGAAUAGUGUUCAAUAUAAUGGUGGAGACUGUGUUGCUUAAUCAUCUCUAUUGGUGUCUAGCUCACUUCAGAAUUGAGUUUUUGACAAUGGUCAAAUCAACCAAGCUUGUUUUGUUCAAAAAGAGAGGUGUGUAAAGAAAUGUGUGGAUAUUUACUCUAGAAGUUUCAGUCCUGCAUGCAUGCAAGAAUAUUCAAUUCAAUUAACAUUACAUUGUUCAAAAUCAUACUUCCUGUUGACAGUUUAAAGUCUUAAGUUCCAUUCCUUUCAGGCCUUUGAUAGAACUAGGAAACAUGUAACUUACAAUAUGUGUUAUAAAUGUAAAAAUGUGAAUAUGGUCUUGCUAAACCUUGCAGUUAAACAGUUCUUUGUAAGUGGAGUUUCCCACUGGUAAGUCACUUGAGACAAGUGUUGAAAUUUUCAACCAAAAAAAA